UAAUAUUUUAUUUAUUGCAGGCUGCCUUGGCUGUUUUCAUCUAGAAAGCAAUAAUGUCUGAAAAUAAGCAUAUGUUAAAUAUAGCAUGUUGCCGUGCCAAUACAAGCAACAGCAAUGUAGCUGCUAAUAACAGCAACAAUAGCAGUAGUAGCAGCAGCAGCAAUAUGGCUGGUGGAAGCAACAGCACUGAUUUAGCUAGCCUAUUUGAAUGUCCAGUUUGUUUUGAUUAUGUUUUGCCUCCUAUCCUGCAAUGCCAGAGUGGCCACCUUGUGUGUACGUCAUGCAGACCCAAGCUAUCCUGCUGCCCAACUUGCAGAGGGCCUCUAGGCAACAUACGAAAUUUGGCCAUGGAGAAAGUUGCAUCAACAGUACAUUUUCCAUGCAAGUAUUCCACAUCAGGAUGUUCAGUAACUCUACUUCACACGAACAAGACUGAACACGAGGACACUUGUGAGUUUAGGCCAUAUGCUUGCCCCUGUCCUGGUGCUCUGUGCAAGUGGCAGGGUGCCCUGGAGCACGUUAUGCCUCACCUCAUGAGCGUCCACAAGAACAUAACUACUCUACAAGGCGAAGAUAUCGUAUUUUUGGCUACAGACAUAAACCUGCCAGGGGCAGUGGAUUGGGUGAUGAUGCAAAGCUGCUUCGGCCAUCAUUUUAUGCUCGUGCUUGAAAAGCAGGAAAAAUUUGACAGCUACCAGCAGUUCUUUGCUAUUGUUCAGCUCAUUGGAUCUAGGAAGCAAGCAGAAAAUUUUGCUUACCGGCUAGAGCUGAGUGGGCCUAGCAAGCGCCUGAUCUGGGAAGCCACCCCCCGCAGCAUCUAUGAGGGCGUCCAGACCGCCAUCCUUAACUCGGACUGCCUGGUUUUCAACACAGCAACGGCGCAGCUCUUUGCUGACUCCGGCAACCUCGGAAUAAAUGUCACGAUUUCUAUGGCUUAAGUCGCCGUUCAACCAAAAAUCAGAAAAUGGUUCAGCCUCUUGUUCAUAUGUGAAUACAAUAUAUACGAAUCUAUAUAUGUUUGUGUCUUAGUUCAUAAAAUAUCGUAUCUUCUCUGUAAGAUUGCUCACCUUAGUCUCGUAAUCGUGACAUGGAUCUUUCUAUUUGUGCUCACCAUAGUCCAUGAUUUUUUGGUUCAUGAUGUAAAACCCGCAGUACCUUAAGCUGUUCCUAGAGCUCCGGGAUCAUCUAUUUGCAGCCUAUGAGGUUUAUGGACGUAAAUAUCUUCCUGAGACUACAGGAAUUUUAAAUUUAUUGUUACAACUUUUUGCUUUCAUGAAAACGAUUGCCUCCGUAUUCUUUAAUGUUGGUUUGUUUUAUACGAUGCGAGUGUUGAACAAAUUUGAAGUGCGGGGACAUUUUCUUUAUAUCUGAGUUGAAUGCCUGAUUCAGUUGUACGUGUUUGAUAAGCUUUCAGCCACUCUCAAUGCGAGCUACGGAUCUGCAUCAUGGAAAAGUGCAGUAAGGAUCUUGUGUACAGACUACAGUCAUAUCCGGAAUUUCCUUUGAGCUUCUUGCUGGUACUGCAAUGAGCAGCGUGAUAUCACGGAGUUAUGUUGUUAUAGAUAUGCAAAUGCGGUAACUAAUCCUUGACUUAUCUAUGAUUUUUUCCAAAAUAAAUCCGUUUUUGCAUUUCUUUUCUUUUUGCUUGCAACUAUCUUCCUCUUGAGGGGCAGGUCCUAUUAUUGAUUAGAUUGCUCUACCUUUUUUUAGCUUUAAUGAGCUAAGCAUGUAAAGGUCAAUGAAACUGUUUGCUUGGUCUGCAGUUGAUCGGGGUCUAUAGAAAUGAACAUUUCUAUUAUAUCAUUUUUCAUUUUGUAUAAUGUAAGGGGGCGGACACGCGCGUCACUUUCUGUAGUCAGUAUCAUAAGUUCAUUCGAGUGUGUUGCUCAUAUUUUAUGCAUAGAUCUGGAGACUGGCCACUGACGAAACAUUGAACUUUUUCAUCGUUUACCAUCUUUACGGAGGACAGUAACGACACAAUGUACACCAUUUUGUUUUGUACAAGUGCUGGGUUAGAUUCAUGUUUUCCUUGUUCUCGAUGAAGUGCCUCGUUGCGUCGGACAUAUAAGCCGAAGCUUUGGGUCGAUCUCUGACACGCUUCACUUCAAUGCUGUUCCGGUGCACUCAAGGCUGAGGCUUGUCGUCGGGGUUGUUAAACAUUAUCAAAUAUCACAAUUGAUAGUCCAGAAUACUUACCCUGUGUAUUAAUGCGAUUACUCAAUCUGUGUCGUUUCCACAUUAUUUUAUUUGGCUUAGGUAAAGACAUUUCCCUAACUAGAAAUUUUGAUUCUGAAUUGACAAUUUCGUAACAGAUUUGGAAACAUUGUAACCAAAUAAGCGGGAGUCUUUAGAAAUAUCCUGUCUUUUUUACAUCGUAUUUUAGGUUUCUGUACAGCUAUUAUUAAGUCGAACUUAGUUUUGUUUUGUUAGUUGAAUUCUAAAUCUUCCAUAACUCUAAUGACAGUGAGUUACUCUUUUCUAUUUCAUUGCAACUAUAUAUUUAUUUCUUUAGAUUCUCAUGGAGAAUUUCCCAGUGUCAUGGCAGAAUUUCUAGCCAAUAGAACGCUUCUCAGAUUAAAUCUCCCGAAUCUCAGAUUAAAUUAAUUGUUCCGAAAAAACAGCGUCUGAUGCCACUCGUGCCACAUGUUACGGUAGAAGAAACGUGCUCAUGGCACAGCAGUUGUGCACACCUAGCAGGUGAAGGCUACGGCUCCUUUACCUUCACACGAGCUUUCUCUUCUUGCGUGUGCAUCAUCUCGGCUUCAAGUUAACCAUGACGGCGUGGUGAGGGUCUACUUUAUUAUGUGCGUUGGCUUCUUACUUCAACUUUCCUGCUGCAAUUCUGUAGUCGUUCUGUUGGCAAGCAUCACUCCAGCGCUUCCCUGAAAUGCGUUCACUGACGAUUUCGGUUUGAUGUGUGGAGCAGGGAACGAUAUUUCCAACCUCACGAUGUAACUUUAAGCUGCCAGGAUCGUGAAUGAGAUUGGUAAAAGUUUGUUCCAUAAAAUAUUCUGACAUUUUA